ACAGCAGCUACACACUCUGGCGUCUAAAGGCGUAAAGCUGGCGGAGGCGGAGCCUGGAGCAGCAGACGAGCUGAUUGGCUACCUGGAAGCUGCAGUGACAGACAGCCUGGAGCAGAAGGGCAUCAGCAGGUCGUCCUACGAGGCGGCUCAGGAGUGGGCGUUGCCUGUUCAGUUCUGUCAGCUCCACAGUCUGAAGCUCAGCUCUGUUUACCCCGCCCACUGCACCGAUGACGGACAGUUCAUCCACUUCCUGUGUUUUGUCCAGCUGCACAGCUUCCCGCCCCAGCAGGUGAAGUCACUGACAGCUCAGUUUGGCCCCACCCUGCAGGCCCACCUGAGUCUGGCGUUUCAGGACCUGCAGGUGUGCAGCCAGAGGAGGUGGCCCCGUGGCUCUGAGGAGCAGCCCGUGUCCCUGAACGCAGAGGAGGCCCCCGGGAGCCCGGAGCACCCCGGGAGCCCGGAGCGCCCCAGGGAGCUGUUCCAGGCCCUCCUGCAGAGCCAGGAGGAGGCGGCGCCCUGCAGGUACCUGCUGCAGGAGGCGCUGGUGCAACGCUGCCCAACGCUGGCUGUAAUGGCCGCUUGUCAACAGGGGGCGGAGCUACUGCCGUGCCUCUGUGUGUGGUUGUUGACCUCCGUCGAUGACGUCACAGCUGGAGAAGCCGCCGCCCACCUGGCCGAAGCCCCCGAGCACCACGAGUGGACACUACACGACCUGUCAAUCAUCUGGAGGACGCUGCUGGGGCGGGGCCACGUCAGGCCCCUCCUACGAGGCUUCGAGCUCUUCCAGCGGGACUGUCCUCUGGUGUUGGUGCUGAGGAUGUUUGAGUUGUGUUGUGACUACAGGAACUUCUCUGAGGCCAAAGCCAAGCUGCUAGACUUCCAGAGGACGCUGAUCACUCUGAGAAACGGAGGCCCGGCGCCCCCCGGUGGACUCCCCCUGCAGUGGGUGGAGAGCCAGGCCUCCGUGCUGCUCCUCACGAUGCUGCAGCGCUGCUCCUCCCAGUACGACCUCCACCGGCUGCUGCAGCUGCUGGCCGACGUCGACAAGCUCCUCAAAUCCAACGGUCCAGACUUCAGGAAGCUGAGUCAGCUCAGCCAGCUGCUGCAGGGAUCAGAGGUCAGCCUGUCUCCCAGGCUGCUACAGUGCAGUUCUCCCUCCGUCCAACAGGAGGAGUUCCAGGCCGCGGUGGACGCCCUGCAGGCCAGGGGGCGCUAUAGCGCGGCCAGACAGGUCGCCCUGCUGGCUGGGCUGCCCGUCCACCGCCUGCUGCUCAGCCAGCUUCUCCAGGAGGUAAACUCCCAGAAGUCCAAGCGCCAGUGGAGGAGGCUGGAGACGCGAGUCGGUCUGUGGAGGAGGUGUCACGAGCAGCUGAAGGCUGAAAGCGCCGAUCCGGAAUCGGCCUCCCGGUUCUUCCUGUCUCAGGCCGACACGGUGACCGCCGACCCGCCGGAGGCUCAGAUCGAGCUGCUGGACGUCCAAGAGCGCUGCCUGCUGCUCUGCCUCGCCGCCCGCUGGCUCUCGCUGCUCAGCCCGGCUCCCGGGGACCAGCUGGAGAGCCUGGAGAAGAAGCUGUGGAUCGGCCGGGUGCGACGACACAUCCUCGCCGCCGCCAUGGAGAAGGAGAGCGUCUUCAACCUGCCGCCGCCCGCCGUCACGCCAGAACUGAUGAGGGAGUUCUCCUUCUCCAGCAUAUCGGGCCUGAACACCGAGAGGUGGCUCGGUCUGGAGGGACUCCCCGGUCCCGGUGAGGACCAGGAGGAGCUGAACAGCGAGGCCCCGUUGAGUCCGGAGGAGAGGAGCGCUCUGGCUGCUCUCAUUGGUCAGUUAUUGGAGGAAGGCAGCAUCCACGAAGCCAGCCGGAUCUGCCGGUAUUUCUCUCUGUAUCACCGGGACAUGUGGGUGGUGCUGCGCUGCAGAGGUCUAGCCUCCGGAGACUUGGACCCUGAACCGCAGGAGGAGGCCUCAGAGGUUCAGCCAAAGAAGAGCCUCACCAGCUAUCCCUCGAUGAGCAGCCUGUCGUCCUUCGUGAUGCUCCCCCUCCCCGAAGACGAGGUCGCCGUCCAGCUCCAGAAGCUGGUGGAUCAGUGUCGCAACGGCAAGACCUACUGCAAACAAGUCCUCAGCCUCUACCAGCUCUCCAAGGAGCUGCAGUGCUCCUUCAGCCAGAUGUGCAGGGAGGAGCCUGGCUCGGUGCUGGAGAAGCUGCUGCUGUCGGAGCAGCCGGAGCGCUUCAGGAAAGCUCAGCUCUUCAUCAAGGCUCAGGGUCUCUCUGCAGACUCUGUGGCCCAGCUGGUGUCCUCGGCUGUGGUCCAGGCGCUGCUGGCCUCCUCCUCGUCCUCCUCCUCCGCCCAGGAGCUGCAGCCCGCAGAGAGGCAGGUGUUCAGGCAGUCAGAGGGGCGUCACUCUCUGGUCCAGCUCUUCAAACUGUGUGACGAUCCGAACCUGGUGGGAGUCAAACUGCUGGAGAACCUCAACACUGUUCCACUGAGAGACCUGAGCUGCAUUGUGGAGUUGCUGGUCGUGGCUCACGACUGCUUCAGUCUCACCUGUAACAUGGAGGGCAUCGUCAGAGUGCUGCAAGCCGCCCGACACCUCAGCCACACCUACCUGGCCCCGGGGGAGCACUACAGCCUGCUGGUGCGUCUGCUGACGGGUAUCGGCAGGUACAACGAGAUGACGUACGUCUUCGACCUGCUGCAUCAGAACCAUCGCUUUGAGAUGCUGCUGAGGAAGAAGAUGGACACGGACAGAGGACAGGUACACACACACACACACACACACACACACACACACACAC